AUGGGUGCGAAUGAAGCAUCGACAGUUAUUGGGCAUGACCAGGCAGGCACACAGACGGUUGGGCAUGGAGCUAGGAAGCAGAGUACGGUGAAGGAUGCUGGGGGUGAUGAUUCUGGCCAAAUAACAGAUGAUUUGAUGGAAGCUCCAUCAGGCGAGGCUGAUCGGGGAGUAAGCAUUGCAGAAUCCGUACCUCUAGGUAUUGGGCAAGGGUCGAUGGGCGCGAAGGAGGCGUCGACAACUACUAGGCAUGACCAGGCAGGUACGUAG